AUGGCACCCGUACCUAAUGGUACCCUCCCCUCCCCUCCCGUCACCGGACGCCUCGCCGCCGUCUACAGCGAGGUACAGAAGAAGCGCGUGGACCACGCGCUCCCUCUCCCCUCCGUCCUCAAUCAACCCUUCACCAUUCUCGACGGUCCUCCAAGCUCCGCCGCCGGAAAUCCAGACGAGAUCGCCAAGCUUUUUCCGUGUUUGUUCGGCCAACCUUCUGCGGCGUUGGCGCCGAGCGAUCCGCGUGUGGCUCUGACGCACCGUAAGUUGAAGAUUGGCGUGGUUCUGUCCGGUGGCCAGGCUCCUGGAGGCCACAAUGUCAUCUCCGGAAUCUUCGAUUACCUGCAAGAGCGCGCACAAGGAAGCACAUUGUAUGGUUUCAGAGGUGGUCCCGCCGGUAUUAUGAAGUGCAAAUACGUUGAACUCACCUCUGAAUUUAUUUAUCCUUACAGAAAUCAGGGUGGAUUUGACAUGAUUUGCAGUGGGAGGGACAAGAUUGAAACUCCAGAGCAGUUUAAACAAGCGGAAGAAACAGCUAAAAAGCUAGACUUGGAUGGCCUCGUUGUUAUUGGUGGUGAUGACUCAAACACCAAUGCAUGCCUCCUUGCUGAGAACUUCAGGAGCAAAAAUUUGAAAACACGUGUAAUUGGAUGCCCUAAAACCAUCGACGGUGAUUUGAAAUGCAAAGAAGUUCCCACAAGUUUUGGGUUUGACACUGCUUGCAAGAUAUAUUCUGAAAUGAUUGGAAAUGUUAUGAUAGAUGCCCGAUCAACUGGAAAAUAUUACCACUUUGUGCGACUUAUGGGGCGCGCAGCUUCACACAUUACGCUGGAAUGUGCUUUACAAACUCAUCCAAACAUUACAAUUAUCGGAGAAGAGGUUGCUGCAAAGAAGCUGACGUUGAAAAAUGUCACAGACUAUAUUGUUGAUGUUGUUUGUAAAAGAGCUCAAAUUAAUUACAACUAUGGUGUCAUUCUUAUCCCUGAAGGUCUAAUUGAUUUCAUACCUGAGGUCCAGCAUCUUAUAGCAGAACUAAAUGAAAUUCUUGCCCAUGAUAUUGUGGAUGAUGGUGGAUUAUGGAAGAAGAAACUAAGUGAUCAAUCAUUGAAACUUUUUGAAUUCUUACCUCAAGCAAUUCAAGAACAAUUGAUGCUUGAGAGAGAUCCACAUGGAAAUGUUCAGGUAGCCAAGAUAGAAACAGAGAAAAUGCUUAUUGAAAUGGUUGAAACUGAGUUGGAGAAAAGAAGGGUAGAAGGAAAAUACAAAGGCGAAUUUAGAGGACAGUCCCACUUUUUCGGUUACGAAGGGAGAUGUGGCUUGCCUACUAAUUUUGAUGCUACUUAUUGCUAUGCUCUGGGUUAUGGUGCUGGAGCUCUCCUUCAUAGUGGGAAGACUGGACUUAUAUCAUCAGUUGGGAAUUUAUGUGCUCCAGUAGAAGAAUGGACUGUUGGUGGAACUGCACUCACUUCACUAAUGGAUGUGGAGAGGAGACAUGGUAAAUUCAAGCCUGUGAUCAAGAAGGCAAUGGUGGAGCUUGAAGGGGCACCCUUCAAAAAGUUUGCCUCGUUGCGAGAUGAAUGGGCCUUGAAAAAUUGCUACGUCAGUCCAGGUCCAAUCCAAUUUUCUGGCCCAGGAUCUGAAGCAAUCAAUCACACUCUACUCCUGGAGCUUGAAGCACAAGCUUAG